GCCGUGCGCGCGGCGCGGUGACGUCACAGCCCCGCCUCCGCUGCUCUGUGCGACGUGUCCCUGGUCCGGCGGCGCGGGCGGUAAUCAUGGAUCAGGUAAUGCAAUUUGUGGAACCCAGCCGUCAGUUUGUGAAAGACUCCAUACGACUUGUUAAAAGAUGCACCAAGCCUGACAGGAAAGAGUUCCAGAAGAUUGCCAUGGCAACAGCAAUAGGCUUUGCAAUAAUGGGAUUUAUUGGUUUCUUUGUCAAAUUGAUCCAUAUCCCAAUCAACAAUAUAAUUGUAGGUGGCUGAAUAUUCAUCAUGAAGAAGAAGAAGACAGUUGAGACACCUGCUGCAAAGAUUUCACAGCUUUAAUUUGUUUGAUAUUAAACAAGCUCAGUUUGGGUUUUCAAACACUGUUGUCACCUUAUUUUGCUUUUAAAGUGUAUGUGAUCAUACCUGUCUAUAUUACAGGAUUUUUUUCUUUUCUAGUAGUAGUGCCUUUUGUUUGUUUUGUUACAUCUUUUAACUGGUAGUAGAAUCAUUCAGGUAGGAAGGAAGCUUGGGAGGUCUCUAGUCCAGUGUCCUGCUCCUCGCUGGGUCAGUGUUGCACUCUUGACAAGAUUGCUUAAGCUUUGUCCAGUCAGAUAUUGGAAGCUUCCAAGGAUGACAACUGUAUGACCUCUCUUCAGGAGCUGUUUACUAAGCAGUAAACUAAGCAUAGGAACAGCAUUGUUCCAGCAAAAGUAGACAGCAAGAAAACAGCAUUCCUGUAUCCUUUCAGGUGGUAAUUUAAAAGUCUUAUCAACUGAAAUUCUUGUCACUAAUUUCUAGAAUCACCAUCGUUAUCACUAAUUCCUUUCUGCAUUUGGAAGUCCUGCUAGGUUAUAUUAUGUACUUGACUGGAAAAAUCCUCCAUCAAAUGAAGAACUUGCAUGGCCAGUCCUUAUUCUGAUGGCAUAAUUAAAAAAGCCAAACUUAGUUGGUUACUGAGAUGUACCAUUUGAGGAUAAUUUAGUUGUCAGAGAGGCUAAGCAGUCCUUCUGCAAAUCUGCAACUUCCUCACACUGUUGGAUACUCUUCUGCACACAGAAUUAUAAAGGGCUGUGCAUGUUGACCUGAAAGUCAGCAUUUUGAUUUUAAGAACUAAGCCUGCAAAAACUCUAGUAGGUGCAAUGCUAUUCCUCCUCAGAUUGAGAUUAAGAAAUUUAUUUCACUCCAGAAAGCUUACUGUAAGCAUUUAGUAUUUGCAGAAGCUACAAUGGCACUUCUAUUACAGAUUUUAAAAGCACUUAAUACUUAGAAAUCUGAUAUUGAUAUUACAGGAAAACUGAAGCUCUUUCAGUACACAGACUUGUUUCCUAAGUAGAAAAGUUCAACUAUUAUUCUUCUUGAGAAAUCUUCACCAGCAGCUACGUAUGUUAGAAACCAGGACAGAAAAAUUACAUUACCUAAUCCUAGUGCUAUCACCUUGUAAUACAGUUACACUGUGUGCAACUGGGUACUGUAUUUUCUUUUGGCAAAAGGGGAAAAACAGUUCAGUAUUGCAAUAAAAUACUUUGCAAAAGUA